AUGGAUAAUAAUUCAGAAAAAGUUGACAUGCUUUUUACAUAUUGGGAAUGUCAAAAAAAUACACGUCUUGCCAAAGAAACCUAUGCUUUUCGUUAUCCGAAUAGGCAGCAUCCAUCACAUAGUUUUUUUUAUAAACUGGAAAAAAAUUUAAGAGACACCGGUUCUUUUUCCAAACGAGUUAUUAACCAACAACCAAGACGAGGAAAUGCUAUUGGAGAAGAUGUUGAGGUACAAAUACUAGCUUACGUUAGAGCAAAUCCAAGGUCUUCUAUUCGUCAUGUUAGUAGCCAAAUAAACAUUUCAUAUGGAGUAGUUCAAAAAAUUUUAAAAAAACAUAAAAUGCACGCUUAUCGUGCUGAUUUAGUUCAACAUUUACGUGAAGGUGACGCUGAACGUAGAAUUACGUUCAUUGCUUGGUUGGAAACCAAAUUGAUCGAAAAUCCUUCCGUUUUAAAUUACAUUCUUUGGACAGACGAGUCUAAGUUUACAAAUAAUGGAGUUUUAAAUAAACAGAACCAUCGCUAUUGGGAUGACCAAAAUCCUCAUUGGACAUUUGAGACCAACAAUCAAAAUGUGUGGGGAACGAAUGUAUGGUGUGGCUUAAUAAAUGGUAAACUAUUAGGGCCAUACUUUUACGAUGGUACACUUAAUGGAAGAAGGUAUAAUGAUUUUUUACUAAAUGAGCUCCCAAACAUGUUAGAUGACCUUCCACUAGACAUAAGAGCAAAUUUAAUAUUCCAACAAGACGGAGCUCCAGCCCACAAUGCAAAUAUUGUGAGCAACUACCUUAAUGAAUAUUUUCCAAAUCGGUGGAUAGGGACUUAUGGAGCAGUUCAGUGGCCACCAAGGUCACCAGAUCUUACACCACUAGAUUACUUCCUAUGGGGUCACUUGAAAACGGUUGUGUAUUCCAAUCCACCUACUUGUCUUCUUGAUUUGAAAAACAAAAUAAUUGCAGCAUGUAAUCAAAUUACAGAGGAACAAAUUAUUUCUGCUAUUAAACGACAAUUUUUAAUUCGUAUUGAAUGUUGUUUACAGCACCAUGGUGCACAGUUCGAACAAUUUGUUAGAUAA